GUGACAGGCGCGUCAGGCAGUAAAGAUCCGCCCCUCGGCGGUGUUCAGCUGCGCUCUGUGCAUCACUCUCAAACGCUAAUUCCACCGGGACAGACGCAACUUCGGUCCGUGCGCGGAGCGGAGGAGACGCACACGAAAUGACACAAAUGGCUGCGCUUGUGUUCACAACGACUUUUGCGCUAAUAAUCUGGAUACCGACUUUCGCAUUAACCGCACGGGUCUACCCUCCUAAUGAAGUGACGCUGCUGGACUCGAGAACUGUGCAAGGAGAAUUGAAAUGGGUUGCGAGUCCGACGGAAGGAGGGUGGGAGGAAGUGAGCAUCAUGGAUGAGAAGAAUACGCCAAUCAGGACGUACCAGGUAUGCAACGUAAUGGAACCCAACCAGAACAACUGGCUCCGAACAGACUGGAUCCCCCGUGGCGGAGCUCAGCGUGUCUACAUCGAGAUCAAAUUCACUCUGCGUGACUGCAACAGCUUGCCAGGAGUCAUGGGUACCUGCAAGGAGACCUUUAACCUCUACUACUACGAGUCCAACAAUGACAAAGAGCGGUACAUUCGAGAGAACCAGUUCACCAAAAUCGACACCAUUGCGGCUGACGAGAGCUUCACGCAGGUGGACAUAGGAGACCGCAUCAUGAAGCUGAACACGGAAGUGCGGGAUGUGGGAAUUUUGACACGGAAGGGCUUCUACCUGGCAUUCCAGGAUGUGGGAGCCUGCAUCGCUCUGGUAUCCGUACGGAUCUUCUAUAAGAAAUGCCCCCUCACCGUACGCAACCUGGCCCAGUUUCCAGACACCACCACCGGGGCGGACACCUCAUCGCUAGUGGAGGUACGUGGAUCCUGUGUGGACAAUUCAGAGGAACGUGAGGUCCCUAAAAUGUACUGCGGCGCAGAUGGAGAAUGGCUGGUGCCUAUUGGAAACUGUUUGUGUAACCCUGGCUAUGAGGAACACGGAGGAACAUGCCAAGCCUGUAAGAUUGGUUACUACAGAGCACUGGCCACAGACGACAGCUGCUCUAAGUGUCCCCUGCACAGUUACUCCAUUAGGGAGGGAUCCACUUCCUGUGCCUGUGACAAAGGCUUCUUCAGGUCUGAGACAGACCCAGCUUCUAUGCCAUGCACACAGCCCCCGUCUGCUCCUCAGCACCUUAUUUCUAAUGUGAACGAGACCUCUGUGAAUCUGGAGUGGACUGCUCCAGCAUCCUCCGGUGGCAGGCAGGACCUCGCUUACAACGUCAUAUGUAAGCGGUGCAGCUCUGACGGUCAGCGCUGUCAGCCUUGCGGCAACGGCAUCCAUUUUUCGCCUCAGCAGCUGGGCCUACGCACCACCCGGGUAUCCAUAAAUGACCUGCAGGCUCACACCAACUACACCUUUGAGAUCUGGGCAGUCAAUGGGGUCUCCAAGCAGAGUCCCGGACCAGAACAGGCGGUGUCUGUGACGGUUACCACCAACCAAGCGGCUCCCUCUCCAGUUACCACCAUCCAGGCCAAGGACAUCACCAGACAUGCUGUGUCUUUGGCAUGGCAACAGCCUGAGAGACCCAAUGGAGUCAUUCUUGAGUACGAGGUCAAGUACUACGAGAAGGAUCAAAACGAGCGCAGCUAUCGCAUAAUGAAGACCUCUUCCCGAAAUGCCGAGAUCAAAGGCCUGAGCCCGCUAACCUCUUACGUGUUUCAUGUGCGUGCCCGUACUGCCGCUGGUUAUGGAGAUUUCAGCGCCCCCUUCGAAUUCAUGACCAAUUCAGUUCCUUCUCCUAUCAUCGGAGAUGGUGCUAACUCUACCGUGCUGUUGGUGUCUGUUAUCGGCAGUGUGAUUCUGUUGCUCAUCUUAAUCGGAGUCUUUAUCAUCAGCCGCAGGAGAAGCAAAUACAGCAAAGCCAAACAGGAUUCUGAUGAGGAGAGGCAUUUACAUCCAGGCACCUCUCUGCGUCUCUCCACAGGGGUUCGGAUCUAUGUGGACCCCUUCACCUAUGAGGACCCCAACCAAGCAGUCCGUGAAUUCGCUAAAGAAAUCGACGCCUCCUGCAUCAAGAUUGAAAAGGUCAUCGGCAUUGGAGAAUUCGGGGAGGUGUGCAGCGGUCGUCUCAAAUUGCCUGGAAAGCGCGAGAUCUGCGUAGCCAUAAAAACCCUCAAAGCAGGAUACACCGACAAGCAAAGGCGGGACUUUCUGAGCGAGGCCAGCAUCAUGGGUCAGUUCGACCACCCCAAUAUCAUCCGACUGGAGGGAGUCGUCACUAAAUGUAAGCCAGUUAUGAUCAUCACUGAGUACAUGGAGAAUGGAUCCCUCGAUGCCUUUCUCAGGAAGAACGAUGGGCGGUUUACUGUAAUUCAGCUGGUGGGCAUCCUGCGUGGAAUCGCUUCAGGAAUGAAGUAUCUAUCUGACAUGAGCUACGUCCACCGUGACCUGGCGGCACGCAACAUCCUGGUUAACAGUAACCUUGUGUGUAAAGUGUCUGACUUUGGCAUGUCUCGAGUUUUGGAGGAAGAUCCAGAUGCUGCUUACACUACUAGGGAAAUAACAGGAACCUAUCAAUCACAGGGAGGCAAGAUACCUAUUCGCUGGACCGCUCCAGAAGCCAUUACAUACAGGAAGUUCACCUCCGCCUCUGAUGUAUGGAGUUAUGGCAUUGUCAUGUGGGAAGUGAUGUCAUAUGGAGAACGGCCAUACUGGGACAUGAGUAACCAGGAUGUUAUAAAGGCAAUUGAGGAAGGCUAUAGACUGCCUCCUCCCAUGGACUGUCCAGUUUCUUUGCACCAGCUGAUGCUGGAUUGCUGGCAGAAAGAGCGUGCCGAAAGGCCAAAGUUCAGCCAAAUUGUCAACAUGCUGGACAAACUAAUCCGCAACCCCAACAGCCUGAAAAGGACAGGAGGAGAGAUAGCCAGACCCAACACCACUCUCCUGGAGCCCAGCAGCCCAGAAUUCACAUCUACCUUGGGAUCAGUUGCCGACUGGCUGCAGGCCAUCAACAUGGAACGUUACAGAGACAACUUCACCGCUGCUGGCUACACCACUCCAGAGGCUGUGGUCCACAUGACACAAGAAGACAUGGCGAGGAUAGGGAUCUCCUCUGCCACACAUCAGGAUAAGAUCCUCAACAGUGCGCAGGGAAUGCUGUCCCAGAUGCAACAAAUGCAAGACAGGAUGGUUCCUGUCUGAACCCAUGGGAUCAGAACACACAAACUCGAAACAUACUUUGGACUUCCUUUUUUAUUUUGGUUCUAAGAAAAUCCAUACCUCAUCCAUGCACUUUAAAUUAACAGAUUU